GCCUCAGCCAAUCAGAGGCAAGCGGAAAGGACGGCUGUUUGAGCGACGCCAUCUUGCACACGAAGGGCAUUGAAUGGUUGUUAUCGGGAGGAGAAAGCGGGUUUGCAGUGUAAAAUCAAUCCACCUGUUGAGGAGAUACCUGCGUUAAUCACAGUUGAGAAACAUUUGGACUAAUAGUGAUGGCAGGACACGAUGCUGGGUCACAACACCAAUUCACAGGGUUUCAUAAAUAUUUCAAUACCUACACCAUGACAGGCAGAAGAAAUUAUGUUAUAGCUACAUAUGCAACGAUUGCAAGUAUCAUCCUGUAUUUUAAACUGAGGCCUAAGAAGCAAACUCCAGCCGUGACACAGAAAUAAGAUGGGUUGACAUGUUGACACUGGACCAUGCACAUAAUAUAACUAGAAGUUGAUGUACACUUGAAUAAAUCAUGAACAGUGAUGAAGUUUGUCAUCUGUACACAUUGCCACUACAGAAGUGACGGUCCUACAUAUAAACAGUGUGCAGAGUUCUAGUGUGUACAAUUCAGUUAAGGAGCCCUUUCAAUCUGUGCUGAGAAAUGAUGGAUACAUCCUUAGGCAUUACUGUAUCUCUGGGAUAAAUGUUACACUGCAUUCUGUUCCAAAAGUAAAUUAUGGCUUUCAUUACAA